UUUUGCCUGGCGGAGGCCUAUCAGGAGCGGACCAUGCUGCCGAAGGCUAAGGAAAGGAGCUGAGUCUAAGACGUCCUUGGUCUGGGAGGGAGCUUGAGCCGCUGAGAUUCGCGAGGCCGCGCCGGGCCUGUUUGGCGGGGCGUCUCAGCGGAUCUGAGAGUUCAGUCAUGUUUAUACACGGGGUGACGCGCACGUUGCGCAAGAACAAGACCCUUCGCUACGGAGUCCCCAUGUUGUUGUUGAUUGUUGGAGGUUCUUUUGGUCUUCGUGAGUUUUCACAAAUCCGUUAUGAUGCUGUGAAGACUAAAAUUGAUCCUGAAUUAGAAAAAAAACUGAAAAUGAAUAAAAUGUCAUUGGAAUCAGAGUAUGAGAAAAUAAAGGACUCUACUUUUGAUAACUGGAAGAAUAUUCGAGGACCCAGGCCAUGGGAAGAUCCUGACCUCCUCCAAGGACGAAAUACAGAAUUCCUGAAGACUAAGACAACUUGACUAUGUUGAUUCUUUUCCUCCCUCCCUCCCUCCGUUCAUAACAUGUUAUCAACUGGAAUUCCCACUACAUACUCCUAUGCAGUGGAAAGAAAAUUCUAGACGUGCAGAAGCCUGGAUGUGAGUAUUUUGAUGACAGAUAAUCUUGAUAAAAUGUCAAGUACAGGUUUUUAUAUUUUCUAACUCUUCCAUCUGCAAAUGAAAGUAACAGUAUUGACCACAUAUGUCGUACACACUCAAUAAAAAUGGGAACACUGCUACUCAAA